GUUCAAGACAAAUGUGCUUCUUGCAAAUAAUCCUGGAAGGUGCAAGAUAAAUAAACAUGUAUUUUGUCACACAUCGAGCUAUUCAUAGAAGGCUGCCAACAUUCUUUCUUGUUGCAAAGAGAGGGCUACAUGAACAUGUGUUUUGUCAGAGGAUGAGUCGCUUUUUCCAGCCCAUCCAUGCUGCCAAACAGUCUUCUGUGAAAGAUGGUGAUGUUGUUUCCAAGGGCUUUGAGCUGCUGAGCACUGCUGGCUACAUCCGGCAGUCAUCGGGCGGCGUAUUUCACAUCCUGCCGCUCUGCCAGCGUGUUCUCGACAAACUGACACGUGUUGUGCGCCAGCAAAUGGCCUCGGUGGACGCCUGCCAGCUGACAAUGCCCACGCUCGUCCGAGAUACUCUCUGGAAGCAGACUGGUAGAAUGGAUAAAAUGGGCGGUGAACUGAUGACGGUGGAGGACCGUGCCGGCCACGGGUUCGUUCUCAGUCCGACGCACGAGGAGGCGGUGACGGCUCUGGUGGCUUCCGUGUCGCCCAUCUCCGGCCGCCAGUUACCCCUGCGCCUCUACCAGAUCACAGCCAAGUUCAGGGACGAGAUGCGGCCUCGUUUCGGCCUCCUAAGGUGUAAGGAGUUUCUGAUGAAGGAUCUUUACACGUUCGACGCCUCUGAGGCGGCCGCCAUGGACACGUACCGGGCCGUGGGACGAGCCUACUCGGGUCUCUUCAAACGACUUGGCGUGCCCGUGGUCAGAGUGCGCGGCGACUCGGGUGUAAUGGGCGGCGGUGUGUCGCACGAGUACCACGUGCUGGCUCCCGUCGGCGAGGACCGGCUGCUGGUGCGGCCCGACUGCCGACAGGACGAGUGUCCGGCCGCCGUGAACCUGGAGGUCGUGAGACCAGAGCGGGAGACGGCGCCCGGUGAGGCCGGGAUGGACACCUGUCAGGCGUGCGGACACCCCCUGCAGGAGCGGACAGGUAUCGAGGUGGGCCACACUUUUGUACUUGGCCAACUGUACUCCGAGACACUGGGCGCCUUCACGGUGACCGACUCUGACGGUCGGGUACCGCUACACAUGGGAUGUUACGGGAUCGGCCUCACCCGACUACUGGCGGCCAUAGUGGAGUCCCGCGCCCAGCCGGGACAGCCUAUCAGCUGGCCGGCCGCCCUGGCGCCCUUCACACUCUGUGUCAUCACACCCAAGACGGGCAGCCGGGAGGAGGCGGCCCGUCCCUGGGCGCUGCGAAUGCUCUCCCAGCUCUCCCAGCUGCCAGAACUGCGUGACGACCUGCUCUGGGACGACCGAGACCACCUGACGAUUGGCCAGCGGGUGCGCGAGUCGCGCCGCUCUGGCCACCGCGCGGUGCUGGUGUUUGGACGGGCGGCGGCUGAGGGCGGCAGCGGACCGGGCCGGCCGCGCGCUGAGCUCAUCACUGCCGACGGCAGUCAGCUGCUGACUGAGAGCGAGCUGCCCAACCGGCUGGCCCAGCUGUGCCGCGAACAGUGAUGUGACGAUAUACUGCCCCCGUGUGGCGGACGACGGUGAAAACAGGGCGCCUGGGGCGAUUUGAUCAAGGUUCGUGAAAUUUACACGUGACGUUAAGCACGUAAAGGCCCGCGAAGGGGGAGAAGUUCCAAAUGUCACGUGACUAAUAUGCCCUCCGGCGCCCUGUUUUCACCGGCGUCCCGUGUGGCUGGGUACGGUGUGAGUGAUUAGGUCUGUUGGUAUCGAAUUGUGAGUUAAUAAUGCCUUGUGUUAAUAAUUGUGAAGUGUGAAUAUUUAUAGCCAAUGGCAUUAUUACUGUGACCACUCAGACCAGUUUCAUAUUUGUGCGAUUUGUUUGCCAUUUUGCAUAUUUUUGGUAAUAUUUUGCGUUUGAAAUCACCGUUUCUUCCUCAAAACUGCGCUUGCCUUAAACUAGCGCACGUAAUAAAAGACCCCGGGUAUAAUUUU